ACCCUCUUGGAGCCAAUCGGCAAGCGGCUUUCAUUUAUCUCUGUCUGGAAGCUAAAUAGGAGUCGGAGAAGAUCUGAUCGCGCUUGACGGAAAUGUGCGAGCACAACCUGCUAAAUUCAGGCUAUGUCGGCUCCCUGUUAAAUUUUGCCAGCCCGGAGCCCUUCUACUUCCCCAACCUGCGUCCGAAUGCGGCUCAACUCGCAAGUCUGUCACCAGCACUCUCCUACACCCGCAGAGAGGUGUGCUCGCUCCCGUGGACUUCGAGUCCAUGCGCAUCGCCGCCGCAGAGCCGCGCCUUCAGCGGCUACUCUCAGUCCUGUCUCAGCAACUCUGUCUCCAUCAGCAUCAAUAGGCAUGGAUCAGAAAAAGCAGCAGCCAACGAAGAGCCUAACAAAUACUAUUUCCAAGACAGCAGCCGAAAACCGGAGGAGAGAUGCCGGCACACUCAGUCCUAUCCAAGUGAUACCAGUAUCCCCUCUUCAGUCAACAUUAGCCCUGCCAAGUACGAGUACCCAAACGUGGAAGCAUCUCUCCAUGGCUCGUUAUUACAUAGUCAAGGCUUUGAAAUGAAUUCCAACUCUCCCUCUGUAAAUGAAGGCGUCAAGCAAUGUGUGAGCCUCAAUGUGUCAUUACAGUCAUCAGUAACGCCAGUGUGCAGCCGAUCCUCCGAUGGGCUUUCCUGGUGCCCAACCCAAGUGAGGUCACGGAGGAAACGUAAGCCCUACACGAAGCAACAGAUAGCUGAACUUGAGAAUGAAUUCCUUGCGAACGAGUUUAUCAAUCGGCAAAAGAGGAAGGAAUUGUCUGAUAGACUAAAUCUGAGCGACCAGCAAGUUAAAAUCUGGUUUCAAAAUCGGCGCAUGAAAAAGAAAAGACUUGUUAUGCGCGAACAAACGCUGUCGCUCUUUUAGACCAAAGUAAAGUCUAAAUGUGAGUUUCAAUGUCGUGAAUUGAACUUUUUAAAAUGGUAAUUAAGCUUGCUCGCAGAAAGCAUGUAGAUCAAGAAUAUCCAUUUUUAAUGGAAAGGUGCUCUUUUGAUGUGCUGCCCUAUAAAGCAGCAAUCUACCAUUACAUUGCCACUGCCCCUAGUCCAGGGCGUGUUGGCUUAGUUAAACCUCAGCAGCAUACAGGGAUUGAGAUGCAAACUACGGAUACCUCGUGAAAAUUUGUUAUAGUCGGAAUUUGGCCAGCAGGCAAAAUGUUGACUUUUUGUAGCCUGUAUCUUGCUGUCCGUGGAUAACGUGCCAACGCCUUCUCAUCAGCAUUGAUCAAUUUCAAUGAGAUUUGUAAUUAUUUCGCUUUUUCGGUUUGUUUAAAUUGCCCUAUGACUGUCUAUUUGAGUAACAAGCAGAUAUUCUGCAUUUUGAGAAUGUAAGUACAACAGGUAAUUAGAAUGGAACAUUCACAUUUUAACCCUAAAUAUAUAAUUAUUAUGCAUGCACUCUACCUAUGUAAAUUGAGUAAUAAUAAAACGUAUGUCGAAACAAAUUUCCAUUGGUAUAUACUUCAUGUUCUUUACUAAUUAUCUUGUAAAACUGCUGCCGAUAAAUCGAUUAAUUCUAAUAUGUUUGAAAAUCUUAUAGGGAUGCACUAGGAGAAUUAAAUGAAUCUUUCGAAGGGAGCGCGUUUACGGGAUGUAUGAUAGCAAUGUGUGAUAUGAUAGCAAUGAAGUUUAAUCAGGGAGAGAUGUGCGAAGUAUUUACAUUCUGUGCCAGGUUACUAUGUAAGUGGAGCCAUGUUGUUUUGAAGAUUGCGCCGACUUCGGCUGCACUAGUCGGAGUUCUUCUACAGAGAUUACAGGUGAAUUUGGUAACAACAAUAACACAAAUAAACAACUACGUCGGAAAUUAAAUAAACAAAAUACACGAGUGAUCAUCAGUCACAUACUUGUAUUUUUCUUGCGUCCUGUAAAGACUCACUCGAAACAUAAUAAAAGAAGAAAAAAAGCACGCCUCUUAUUUUAUACA